AUACGCAGAUCGUGCAAAACAAAUCAAAUGCAAUGCUGUUAUCAACGAGGACCCCAACGCCAAGCUGGUUCGUGAAUUAAAGGAGGAGGUGACACGCCUGAAGGACCUUCUCCGUGCUCAGGGCCUGGGCGACAUUAUUGACAUUGAUCCAUUGAUCGAUGAUUACUCUGGAAGUGGAGGCAAAUCAUCCAUGGGGUCCCUCAGUUCAUCUCCAUCUUCCUGCUCACUCAAUAGUCAGGUGGCUUAA